GGUUCAAAAUUCGGUGAAGGUUGUCAAAUAUAAUGGAACGAUCUCAAAAGAUUCAGCUGUGUCGUCUUCUGAAUCUGCAUUUGGGAGAACAUCCACAGAAAUGGUUAGGGCCUCUAUUUCUUAUGAUUUUACUGAUGUAAACAGUACCAAUAAUUCGGAAGAGACAAAUGUUAUUUUUAACGAGUUGGGUGCUCAUCCAGUGCCUUACAGACCCAUAGCUGCUGAAAGACGGCAGUCUUUGUGCUGUGAACUUGGUCUAUUUUUCAACAAUGAUUGCCUUCAAAGUUCUAAAGUUCGAGUAAUGAGCCCAAAAGAUCGUCCAUCUAGGGUUGCUGGUAUUGUAAAUGACGGUAAUUGCCUUUUCCGAGCUAUUGCCUAUUACUUGUCCGGUAGUGACGUAGAACAUAUUAAAGUUCGGCAACAGAUUGUGGACUUUGAAAUGAAACACUGGGAACAAUUUGCGGCAUUGAAGGGAUGGGAUUUGGAUGAAUGGAUGGAACAUAUGGCUACUUUGUUAAUUGAUAACUCAUGGGGAACUGAUAUAGAGCUUUCUGCUGUUGCAUCAAUGCUAAAUGUUGAUGUAUGGACGUUUUAUGAAAAUCGCUGGAUUUCCUAUCGACCAAGAUUUCAAGUACUAGAUGGUUACGUUAUUUCUAUACCUGUCAGUGAUUACCGCAUAGGUGAUAACGAAGGUAUUUACUUAUUGAAUGAAAGAAAUCAUUUCAUGCCUGUGCUUCUGCCUUCGGUAAGAACUUGUCUUUCUAUUAUCAGUGAUAUUUUCAAGGAAGUUUUCAGUGAACCUUCAUAUUAUUUCAUUAAGAAAUAA